CAUCACAGAGAUCCUUACAUAGCUCAGCCCCACUAUCUUGAGUCUCCAGUGCCCCCCGGCUAAAGGGUGCUUCAGAUGCUACGAGGAGUGCCUCUUGCCAUGGAGGUGUCCAGGUAUCAGUUCUCCAGGUCGGCCAGCAGUUCUGAAGAAAGGGUUCUUGCUCACUACAGUGAGGUCUCAUUAAUGUUGGAAGACAGGCCAGAUUUUCCAGAAGAGCUCCGGGGUGCUAAGAAAGGGAUGCUGUACCUCACCCAAUACAAAAUGAUAUUCCAGCACAAAGAUAAGGGAUCGACCAUCAUUCGUUUCCCACUUCAGCUUCUGGAAGGUUGUUUUCUGGAGGAGGAGCCUGGCUCCAAACCCCAAUGCCUCAAAGGAACCUUGACUUCCAGCCAGGGCGUGGUGUCCUUCAAGUUCAUCUUCCAAUAUGGAGCCACAGAAUGCCUAAACAUGAUUAAAGAUCUAUCUGCAGCAGACAUGUUGAGAGAGGGUAGCAACCUCCAAGAAUAUCCUACAGCCUCCAUCUACACCUAUGCCCACCCUGCAGCACCUCGGUCUGUUCGUUCUCUCAACAUGCUCCCACUGUGGCCGCCCCCGUACCCUGGCCCUCCGGACCUCCCUCCUCCCUAUUCAGAAGUGGAAGGGUCAUCCCUGAGAGGGAGCCGAGGCUCAGAAAUCCAAGAGGUUUGCUGCCACUGCCGAAGGCAACGAAUCCAGGAUCAAGCGAACUGGCAGGACUAAGCAACAACAAGUGCAGAAAGAUGCUGUGAAAAUGAGGAUCAUUUAAGCAUGUGGAUUCUUAAAUAUUAAAAUUCAUUAUUUACUUAUCAAAAA